UUGUGUAAACAUGGGCCUGGCAGAGUGCAUAUUUCAGAAGAGUUGGAAAAAACCCUUACACAGUAGCACAGGAACUGGGGGCCAAGCAGGAGGAGACGUAUUACGGGGACCAGAAGUAAGGGGACAAUGCGAGUCCACGUGCACACCAAGUUCUGUUUCCUGUGUGUGCUCACCUUCCUAUUCCAUCAGUGCAAACUGCCAUGGAGAAGGACAUGACCAUCAGCAUGGCGGACAUCACCAUGCUGACCACAACCACGCCCACAGUGACCUGCAGAUUUCCGAGGCUCCGUAUGUGAAAGGAGCCACUUUGUCCCCAGAGUCCAACAAUCCUCAACAGCACGCUCUAGAAGAGGAGCAGCGCUUCUACAUCCAGCAGCUCUUCAGACGCUACGGCCAAAAAGACCGGCUAGAUUUCCAGGGAUUUCAGAAUCUGCUUUUUAGUUUGGGUUUGGGUGAGGUGAAGGUGGUAGAUCUAGAUCACGAGGAGCUUGGCCAUGACCAUGUAGCUCACCUCGACUUGGUGGAUAUGAAGGAGGGGCUUCAUUCACACUCAUCCACCAGUGAGGGCCGUGGUGCAGGUCACGGUCACGGUCACGGUCACGGACAUGGUCAUCCACACCACAAGCCUGGCACCCACCAUCCACACACAGAGCAAGUUCCGACAAAAUGCACCCAGCACACCACUGCUGCCAGUCCAGCUGCUGGUGUACCUACAGGACAUGACCAUGAUCAUGACCACAGUCAUGACCACGAUCAUGACCACGAUCAUGGGCAUGAUGCAGAACAUAAUCAUGAUCACACCAAAGCAGAGGGUAGUGACCAUAAACAUUCUGGUGGGCAUGUGCAGGACACACAUGAUCAUGCCCAUUCCCAUGAUCACGCACAUGACAAAGAGCACAAACAUGAGCAGGCACAGGUGAACUCUAACAAGGACCUGUCCUCUCAGCCUCACGGUGAUCAUGACCACAGCGAUCACGACCAAAGUGACCAUGACCACAGUGAUCAUGACCCUGACCACAAUCAUGUUCCCGAAGUGCAGCCAGGCAUAGACGUUCCUCCACUCAGCCAGGAACAGCAGCCCUCUACCCAGUCGGAGCCGUCCCAGGUCCCUCAAGUGCCGCAGUCCUCUCCUGCCACCACAGAAAGUCGGCCCAAGAAGCCGAGAAAGCCAGGCAGGGGCAGAGGACAGGGAGGGCGAAACAAAAGUCCUGCUUCUGAUAGCCAUGACCAUCAAUCUGAACACAGUCAUGACCAUGAUCAUGGUCAUGGUCACAGCCAUUCUCAUAAAGAUAAGAGAGAAGCACCAGGAGAGCCUGCCAACCCCACAUUGCCAGUCCCCGCCUUGUAUGGCCACCCAGAAGGAUCGGCUCACCAGCAUGAAGAGUGUUUGAACCUGACUCAGCUCCUCACCUACUAUGGCCUGAGUCCCGAUUCACUCAUCUCCCCCAGCCAGUUCACCUACCUGUGUCCUGCCCUGCUCUACCAGAUAGACAGUCGCGUCUGCAUCCGCCAUUACCACCAGAUGGACGUGGAGCAGGAAGCCUUGGAGCAAGCCAGUUCCAUGUGGGUGUGGCUGUGGGGGUUUGUAUCCAUCACCAUCAUCAGCCUGCUGUCUCUGCUGGGUGUUGUUCUCGUACCCAUCCUCAAACAAUCCUGCUUCAAGUUCCUGCUCACCUUCCUGGUGGCGCUGGCAGUGGGCACACUCAGUGGAGACGCUCUCCUUCAUCUGCUGCCCCAUUCUCAAGGGCAGCACGACCACAGCGCGUCUGAGAAGAGUCACAGCACUGAUCUGGCAACAGCCUUUGAUGGAGUAUGGAAGGGCCUAACGGCACUGGCCGGCAUCUACCUCCUCUUCAUCAUCGAACACUGUAUCGGCAUGUUUAAGCACUACAAAGACCACGGGGGCAUGAAGAAGACGAGUGAGGAGGGCAAGAUUGGCAGGAAGUUGUCAGAUCACAAGUUAAAUCGGCGCUCAGAUGCGGAGUGGCUGCACCUGAAGCCGCUCAGUGAGGACCCCGACAACACCGCCAUCUCCUGCGACAAUGGUCACAAUGACACGCAGCUCACAGAGCUCCAGACGCCUGACUCUCCCACCAACAAGACGCCGCUGGCGCCAACAAACCCCCUACAAGACCCCCUGUCACCCACCAAGGAGAACGGACGCAAGGCCAAGAGGCACGGACACUCACACGGCCACGGCCACUCCCACGGUGGGAACUGCCACUCAGACCAGGAGAUGAAGGACGCUGGUAUAGCCAGCAUCGCCUGGAUGGUCAUAAUGGGCGAUGGCAUGCAUAACUUCAGUGACGGCCUGGCUAUAGGCGCAGCGUUCAGUGCAAACCUGACAGGAGGCAUCAGUACAUCAGUGGCUGUUUUCUGCCAUGAAUUACCUCAUGAACUUGGUGACUUCGCUGUGCUGCUGAAAGCAGGGAUGUCUGUGAAGCAGGCCAUUGUCUACAAUGUGCUGUCCGCCCUCAUGGCCUACGUUGGCAUGCUGAUUGGCACAGCCGUGGGCCAGUACACACACAAUGUCACCAGCUGGAUCUUCGCCAUCACGGCUGGCAUGUUCCUCUAUGUGGCUCUGGUGGAUAUGCUGCCAGAAAUGCUUCACGGGGACAGUGAGGACCACAAGCGCUGCCAGCUGGGACACUUUAUCCUGCAGAACCUGGGCAUGCUGACCGGGUUCGGCAUCAUGCUGCUCAUCGCCAUCUUUGAAGACCGCAUCGUUUUCGAUUUUGGCUUUUAGUCGUGGA